AUUCUCCUAGCAACUGCACUUCCGACAUCUAACAGAAAAACGUAUUAAAAUGCUACUUGAAUCACAAGAAAUGCAGGUUCAAGAAAUCCCUAAACUUAUACAGCCAAGAGACCACAGAGCUAAAGUUUGCGUGUGGGCAGAUUUAACAGUUGAUGACGUGGAUCGCAUCAGUGAAUCAUUGAACUCUGACCAUGUUAGACAAGUUUUAGCUGACAUAUUCCACCUGGAUGACUUUAGGACCAAUAUAAAGACAGGGAUUGUUAUGGAUCUGUAUUUUUAUACAAUCAUGUUUGCCAGAGAAAAUAACUUCAACAGAGAGAAAAUGUCUGCCGUGUUCUCUAUCGUCAAGAAGACACAUGAAGUUUGUAUUGAGACUCCAUUUGGAAAUGUAGACCAGACGUUUAAUUAUUUUAAAGAAUUGGUUCUGUGUCAUGCUGUCAAUAGACCACCACAUAGUAUUGAGUUAUUUAAUGCAGAUGAAGUCAGAAAAAUAACAGAAUACACAGUCAAUACAUACUUCAGACAUUUCAAAAUGUACAAAUAUGCCUUCACACCACUGGUAAGAUUAGACCUGUCAUUAUCUUAUGUUGGAUUACCUGUCACACCCCCACCAUCUGAAGUUGAUGACGAUGGUGAUGAGGAUAUUAUUUUGUAUACUGCAAAUGGUUCAGCUGAUGAAACUAGUCCACAGGAAAAUGAAGUUCCCCCUGAACAGACCACUGAACCAACAGAAGGGGAGACAAUAACGGAACAACAAAAAACUCCUGAACCAGAAGAAUCACAAUCGAGGAAAGAAUUACGAACAAUGAUACAGACAUACCUAUCUGACGAAAUCAAGAAAAUGAAAACAUCUGUUGAAGAACAAAUCAAAAGCACAGAAGAUAGUCUCAAUAAAAAACUAGAGGUGACUGAAGGGACUAAAUCUGGAAAAGGUGGCAGAGGUUCACCAAAGGGGAAAAAGAAAUAACCGACUAUCAUUGACAUAUUUAUAUUUGUUAAAUUUUGUAUUUUUAUGUGUCCAUAUAAUGAAAUAAAAUUAUUUUAAGUAUA